AUGGCCAGGGCCCGGAGCUGGCAGCAGAGCCCUUGGGAUGUCGUGCUCCUGGUGCUGCUGUGCACGGGCAGCUGCCAGGCUCAGAGGGACUGCACGGGCGCCGAGUGCCAGCCGCUGGAGAACUGCAUCGAGGACGUGCUGGAGCCCGGCGAGUGCUGCGCCACGUGCCUGCAGCAUGGCUGCACCUGCGAGGGAUACCAGUACUACGACUGCGUCAACGUGGGCUUUGUCAACGGCAAGGUGCCCGAGGGACAGUCCUACUUCGUGGACUUCGGCAGCACCGAGUGCUCGUGCCCCAAGGGAGGGGGCAAGAUCAGCUGCCAGUUCAUGCUGUGCCCAGAGCUGCCCCCGAACUGCAUCGACGCGGUGGUGCCGGCGGAUGGGUGUCCCCAGUGCGGCCGCAUCGGCUGCCUGCACGAGGGACAGAAGUACGUGGCGGGGCACACCUUCCACAUGCCCCCCUGCAAGGUGUGCCACUGUCCCAACGCCGGCGGGGAGCUGAUGUGCUACCAGCUGCCGGACUGCGACGCGUUCUCCCUGAACACGGCCAGCCCGGGGGACGUCGAGGACGGAGAGCCCGAGAGGCACUACGACGAUCCCUACAGCUACGACCAGGAGGCCUCCGAGGGAGACAACGCCCAGGUAGAGUCUCCAAAGAAGUACAGGAGUUACUCGUCCCACCUGGAGCACGAGAGCGUCAGCCAGGAGCAGGGCGAGGACUACGACUACCUGGUGGCCAGCGUGGCUCCCUCAGCGCUGGCCACGGCCCACCCCCACACUCAGGGCACGGCGACACCCGGCCCCACCCCGGUGCCCAGGGGCCCGGCAGAGCCCCACGGUGCCACGGAGCGCGGCCGGAGGCUGCCCCGCACCACGGCACCCUCCCUCCAGAGGGUGACACACGAGGAGGUACCAGCCACCACCGGGGCUCCUCCACAGCACACCACGGCCACCACCGAGACACCGCAGCACCUGGAGGAGCUGGAGAGAAGGCCAAAAGGGAACAAAGAGAGGCACGAGCAAGAAAGAGCCCCCCACUCAAAAAUGAAAAAGCAUGCCAGGAAGGAAGAGCCAGAGAACAGCAUGUAUCAGGGCUUGAAAGAAGUGAACUUUACAGAGCCGAGCUCAACAAGGCCGUCCCAUGAAAGCCUCGGGGGGAAUGAUUUCCCCAAGGUGAAGUUCAGUGCAACAACCUCUCCUCCUGUGGCACUAAAGGAAGACCGUAGCCAGUCCUCCCCAAAGCAGUCGCAGACGCUGUAUCGUUACCAUCCUGAGGAGGAUGGGGACCCCAACUCCAUCCACGCUAACCCCAGGCUGCCAGAAGGUUCCACGAAGGAGUUGAUUGAGAGCUGCUGUGGAGCUGGCCAGCAGUGGGCUAUAGACAACGGGGAGUGCACAGAAAUCCCUGUAAGUGGAAUGGAUGGUGAUAUUUGCAGGAUUGCCCAGAAGCAGUGCUGCGUGUCCACGGUGAGGGAGAACAGCUGCCUGGCCGGGAUGCUCGCUGCCAAGGACGGGGACACGUGUGGCCCCGAGGACGGUGACCCCUGCACCGGCUCCUCCUACAAGCAAUGCUGUGAUUGCUGCAGCCUGGGCCUGCGCCUGAGGAGUGAGGGGAAAACCUGCGAGUCCAACAUCAACCUGGGCUACCCCUGCAGCCACGUGCUGCUGUCCUGCUGUGAAGGGGGGGAUCACUUCGUGCAUCCCGAGAUCAAACGGCAUCCUGAGCCUUUGCCAACCGUGACCCCUGAGAAGGUUUCAGAGAGGGAGGAUCACCACGAGGCGCUGUCCAUCAGCAGUGAGGCUGAGCUGUCCAACAGCCUGCCUGGAGAUGACCUGGAUGAGUGUCUGCUCUACGGGGGAGAGCUCUGCCAGCACCUGUGCAUCAACACUGUGGGUUCCUACAAGUGCUCGUGUUUCCCGGAGUUCACCCUGCAGGAGGAUGGCACCAGCUGCUCUCCAGACCCUGACAAAGGACAGGUGACCAGGCUGGAAGCCGAAGCCACCGUCCCUCCAGUAGCUUCUCCCUCCCAGCCCAUCCUCGUGGUGUCCUUGCAGGAAGAGCAGGACAAGUGCAAAGAUAAUGGCCCCUGCAAGCACCUGUGCAACAUUGUGGAAGGAGAUGCUGUGUGCUCCUGCAUGGCUGGGUACACGCUCAUGGCUGAUGGGGUUUCCUGUGAAGAUUUGGAUGAGUGCCUCUCAGGUGCUCAGGCUUGUUCCAGCGGACAAUUAUGUGAGAACACACUGGGAUCAUUCUCCUGUGUCAGCCCCAGUGGGAUGUGUGCAGAGGGCUUUAUUCUCAACAGGCAUAGGAAAUGUGUUGACAUCAACGAGUGUGUGACAGAGAGACACACCUGCCAGAGGAGAGAGCACUGUGUCAACACCAUGGGUUCCUUCCGCUGCCUGCAGGAGCUGAGCUGCCAGCCUGGCCACGAGCUGAAGGACGGGGAGUGUGUGGAUAUCGACGAAUGCGAGAGGGGAACUCACAGCUGCAAAGUGAACUUUGUUUGUCAGAACACAGAGGGGUCCUUCUACUGUGAGUCCAAGCAGCGCUGCAUGGAUGGGUUCCUACAAGACCCUGAGGGGAACUGUGUGGAUAUCAAUGAAUGCACGUCCCUUCCUGAGCCCUGUAAGCCAGGAUUCAACUGCAUCAACACCGUGGGGUCCUACACGUGCCAGAGGAACAUGCUGAGCUGCAGCAGAGGCUACCACUCCAACGAGGAGGGCACACGCUGUGUUGAUGUGGACGAGUGCCAGACUGGGGUGCACCGAUGUGGAGAGGGGCAGCUGUGCCACAACCUGCCCGGGGGCUAUCGCUGUGACUGCAAGACGGGCUAUCAGUACGACUCCUUCAGCCGCAGCUGCAUCGACAUAAACGAGUGCUGGAACUACCCCGGGCGCCUGUGCCAGCACACCUGUGAGAACACCCCCGGCUCCUACCACUGCACCUGCUCCUCCGGCUUCCGCCUCUCCUACGAUGGCAAGCACUGCGAAGAUGUGAACGAAUGCGAUAACAGUCCCUGCAGCCAGGAGUGUGCCAACGUUUAUGGUUCCUACCAGUGCUACUGCAGGCAAGGCUUCCAGCUGGCAGAAGAUGGGCAUUCCUGUAAAGAUAUUGAUGAGUGCACGCAGAGCGCCGGCAUCCUCUGCACCUUCCGCUGCCUCAACGUGCCUGGCAGCUACCAGUGUGCCUGUCCUGAGCAGGGCUACACCAUGGCAGCCAACGGCAGGACCUGCAGAGAUAUUGAUGAGUGUGCAAUAGGAACCCACAACUGUUCAGCUGCAGAGACUUGCUACAACAUCCAGGGCAGCUUCCGCUGCCUGUCCUUCGAGUGCCCUUCCAACUACAGGAAGGUGUCUGACAUGAGGUGUGAACGCAUCAGCUGCUUCAACUACCUGGAGUGCCAGAACACCCCGGUGCGCAUCACCUACUACCAGCUCAACUUCCAGACCAACAUCGUGGUGCCAGCCCACAUCUUCCGCAUCGGGCCCUCUCCUGCCUACGCCGGGGACAGCAUUGUCCUCUCCAUCACCAAGGGCAACGAGGAGGGCUUCUUCAGCACCCGCAGGCUCAACUCCUACACGGGCAUCGUCUACCUGCAGCGCCAGGUCAAGGAGCCCAAAGACUUCCUGUUGGAUGUGGAAAUGAAACUCUGGCGGCAGGGAACCUACACAACUUUUCUUGCCAAAAUCUACAUUUUCAUCACAGCUCAUGCCUACUGA